CUUUGGUUAACUCGAGCUCGCUCGAGCCACGAGCUAACCGUGAAUUGUGAAACCGGGCCACUUGUGACCUAGCAUUAACUCAAUUUUCUCAUCGCUCGAUGUACAUACGAACACUUGUAUUCUCUGUUACACGUCACUACGAUCGUGACGUUGAUAUUUAUUGACAUAUAUUUUCUAUUCUCUGGCUAUCUAUACUUUCUGUAUAACUGGUAAAUUGCAAACGUGUAUUUGAGGUUAUAUUUCUAUAUAGAUAUUUUCAGAUAAAGUAUCAUAGUUUAAUGCAGCUUGCUUGAUUAACAUAUUUAUACUGAAAUUAUUAUUGUUAACUGGAUAAGAAAAAAAGGUUGAAAUACCUCACGAGUUCCUCAAGGUAUUUCAUAGCUAGGACAAUAAUUUUUUUCUACAUCUGUUCAUCUGCUAAGCUAUCAAGAUUGCUAACAAAACUAAUAAAAUGCGACGUACUCAUUCAGGGGGUUAUGGCUACGAGCCAUUGCCAAGUACAUCUACUCACAAUACCAUGGAGGAUGAAAACGAAAGAAUGACUGAAGAGCUGAGAGAUAAAAUUCAUGCCUUAAAAUCAUUAUCUAUUGACAUUGGUACUGAAGUAAAAUAUCAAGACAAAGUGCUAAGAGGCAUGGAUGAUGAUUUUGAAAGGACAAGUGGUUCCUUGUCUGGUUCUGUGUCACGUGUUUUACGUCUGGCAAAGGCAGGCCAUAAUUAUUAUAUCUUAUAUUUGUUCCUCUUUUCCAUAGCGGUAUUCUUCGUUUUGUGGAUAGUUUUAAAGUUUAAAUGAUUGUACAUAAGAUCUAUAAUUAAGGUGAUAUGUAUAUAAAACAUAAGUAUUAGGGUGUAUAUUUUAAAUAAGUUAUUCAAUUAGCCUGAAUUAUUUGCAUUAUAUCGCAUCAUAUGAAAAACUAUUCUCAUUUUAUAACAUAUGCGUUGUUACAUCAUAUAUAUGACAAAAUGAUUCAAGAUAAAUAGGGAGAAAUGGCAUUCUAGAAACAGAGAAAUAAAUAUAUUUUUUACAGUUAUGUUACUAUGAGGAAUUGAAUUUAUAAAUAACAAAAGCAGAAA